UUUUUUGAGCCUCUAACCCCAAAUUGCCAAACAACCUUUGGAAAUAUUGGACUGCUAUGAGUUGCCCCAACACACGAGGCAACAGACUUCUCUGAUUUUUUUUUCACGUUCAGAGGAAACACAUUUUUAUUUAAUUAUUUUUGGACAGUUAAAGCUGUAUUUUGAUUUUACAGCACAGAUAAUUCACUUAGAAUAUGUCACUAUAGAGGUUCAGUGCUUCAUUCUGACCUUUUACCGAAGGUCAGCCCCUCCCCUUUCAGGAAGAAAGGCUGGCUUUUUUUUUAAAAUUGGUACAGUGUAUCUUUAUGGUAAAUUCCAAAUCUCAGUCCAUGCAUUUUCAUGUAGUUGGCUUAGGAGGGAAAAUGCUGGCUCGGUCUUUGAAGAAUACGUGAACUGAUGAGAAACUAGUUUGACCUUGCAGCGCAAAAGAUAAGAUGGUUUCUAACCUAAUAGCUAUACUCCAAAAACUCAAUCCAAUCAAGUUCCCAAUGGCAAGUGCCUGCUCUCAGCUGGCAGUGUGAAUCUUAUUUACCCCCAAGUGUCUUGUAUCUCUUACUUUUUAAUACUUGACUGUAUUACAGGGAUUCCCGGGGUUGGGUCAAAUCUGGAGAAGUGGAGUUGCCCAACUGGUUACAGGCCAUCUUAUUUUGUGCUAGAGGGGGGUAAAGGAGUGGGGAGGAGCAUCAUGGGGCAGCAAGCUCUCCUGCUCUGUCGCUCCCCCCCCCGCGCGCCUGCUAAGGUUUGGUGGAGUACGCGCUUAGAGCUGUCUUCCUGACCCUUUUGCUAUGCCUAAUUGGUGCUCAUGCACUCGUCAUGUAUUUAUUCUCUAAGAACUGUGGCUGAUGAUGUCACCAUAACCAGCUGGUUAUCAGUUCUGAUAGCCGCUGUUCUGUGUAGCCUGUUAAACUAUCAAGCAAAUUUAUUUUUCAAGCAAAUUGGUGUCCGGCAGACAGCUCCCUAUCUGUAUUCCACCGCCUGCGUCAGAUGCUGGGUUAGAAAGACAGUAUGCGCAGCAGCAGCAGCGAUGACUUCUUUAUUUCAGAGCUGUGGAGGAUUCUAGAUACAAGUAAUUAAACCACAGACUUUUCUCUCCACCCCAUUGGCCAGGAUUCAAGAAAGCAGGCCAGGAUAAAGAAAUCAAAGUCUCAAAUAUUUAAUGAAAAUGCCAAAAGAACAAAUGCAAAGCGAUGAUUAAUACUUUUUCCCUUUUCCUUCAUAUGUAAUAUUAUUCCCAGAGAAUUGGGAUCAGUUCAUUUGGCCAAGAUCAAGCCAGUAACUGCCCUCCUGUAGUUUGACACAAUAACCUAUUUGACAAACAGAAAUCCUGGCUAUAUUAUUGUUACAAUGAACACAACAAAGCCUUUCUUCCCUCCCUGUUACCCUCGAAACAUUCCUUUGUUUUAUUUGAAAUGAGACAUUCAUUGCAUGAAUGAAAACUAAGAAUAGUCUGUUUUGUUUGAGAUAUGGAAGAACCUGUUUUAUUUCCAUAUUUAAAAAUAAUGAAUUGUUUGAAAACUUUACUAACGAUCUUGUUUUCUGAUUUUGUCUCUUUUGGUUUUUCCACAACUGAUAUUGUUAUUUAGAAGGUUUCAGGUGGGUGACACUAUUCCUGCGUAGGUGCCUGGCGGAAAGGAACACUAGGGCAGCCUCAGUCCUCUCCUCUUCUUCCAGCCAGCCGCGGCCACCACUCUGACAAAGUCCAAAAAUAUGGCUUGCUACCUGAAAGCCAUUGAGACUCAGCCCAACUUUGCGGUGGCUUGGAGCAACCUGGGCUGUGUGUUCAAUGCCCAGGGAGAAAUAUGGCUGGCUAUACAUCAUUUUGAAAAGGCAGUUACCCUGGACCCAAAUUUUCUUGACGCUUACAUCAAUUUAGGAAAUGUUUUGAAGGAAGCCAGAAUCUUUGACAGAGCUGUGGCUGGAUACCUGAGAGCCUUGAGCCUAAGCCCCAACCAUGCUGUGGUCCAUGGAAACUUGGCGUGUGUCUACUAUGAACAGGGUCUAAUUGAUCUGGCUAUUGACACCUACCGUCGUGCUAUUGAACUGCAGCCCCACUUCCCUGAUGCUUACUGCAAUUUGGCAAAUGCCUUGAAGGAGAAAGGCAAUGUUUCCGAGGCAGAAGAGUGCUACAACACAGCCUUGCGUUUGUGUCCAACUCACGCCGACUCCCUUAAUAACUUGGCCAAUAUCAAGCGCGAACAGGGCAACAUUGAGGAUGCAGUCCAGCUCUACAGAAAAGCCUUAGAGGUGUUCCCAGAGUUUGCAGCAGCUCACUCCAACCUGGCCAGUGUCUUGCAGCAGCAGGGCAAACUCCAGGAGGCUCUCAUGCACUACAAAGAGGCAAUUAGAAUCAGCCCCACAUUUGCUGAUGCCUACUCCAACAUGGGAAAUACACUGAAAGAAAUGCAAGAUGUACAAGGAGCGCUGCAGUGCUACACCCGUGCCAUCCAGAUUAACCCGGCCUUUGCUGAUGCUCACAGCAAUUUGGCUUCUAUUCACAAGGAUUCUGGAAACAUCCCAGAGGCCAUUGCAUCUUACCGCACAGCCUUGAAACUCAAGCCAGACUUCCCAGAUGCUUACUGCAACUUGGCACAUUGUCUGCAGAUCGUGUGCGACUGGACGGAUUAUGACGAGCGGAUGAAGAAGCUUGUGAGCAUUGUGGCCGAUCAGCUGGAGAAGAACCGCUUGCCCUCAGUGCACCCACACCACAGCAUGCUGUACCCACUCUCUCACGGCUUCCGAAAGGCCAUUGCGGAGCGCCAUGGAAACCUUUGCCUGGACAAGGUACACAAAAUGAUGAAAAUCAAUGCACUGCACAAACCUCCUUAUGAGCAUCCCAAGGAUCUGAAGGCCAGUGGUGGGCGUCUGCGUGUCGGGUAUGUCAGUUCUGACUUCGGAAACCACCCGACUUCCCACCUGAUGCAGUCCAUUCCCGGGAUGCACAAUCCUGAGAAGUUUGAGGUGUUCUGCUACGCACUCAGCCCCGAUGAUAGUACCAACUUUCGGGUCAAAGUGAUAGCAGAGGCUCAUCAUUUCACUGACCUCUCACAGAUCCCUUGCAAUGGCAAGGCAGCUGAUCGUAUUCAUCAGGACGGAGUCCACAUUCUGGUCAACAUGAAUGGAUACACCAAAGGUGCCCGGAAUGAGCUGUUUGCCCUGCGCGCCGCUCCUAUUCAGGCGAUGUGGCUCGGUUACCCAGGAACCAGUGGGGCUCCCUUCAUGGACUACAUCAUCUCUGAUAAGGAGACCUCACCUGUCGAGGUCGCUGAGCAGUACUCAGAAAAACUUGCCUACAUGCCCAAUACUUUCUUCAUCGGAGACCACGCCAACAUGUUCCCUCACCUCAAGAAAAAGGCAGUGAUUGAUUUCAAGUCGAAUGGACACAUCUUUGACAAUCGCAUCGUUCUCAAUGGUAUUGAUGUAAAGGCCUUCUUAGACAGUCUGCCAGAUGUCAAAAUAAUCAAGAUGAAGUGCGACAGCAACCAGGAAAGUGCCGGGGACACAAAUGGAGCUCUGUCCAUGCCGGUGAUCCCCAUGAACACAGCAGCUGAAGCAAUCAUCAACAUGAUCAAUCAAGGCCAAAUCCAGGUCACAAUCAAUGGCUUCACUGUCAGCAAUGGCCUGGCCACCACACAGAUCUUUUCAGCAGAUGAGUUUGUCUAUCGGACUUUGUCCACACAGAUCAAUAACAAAGCAGCCACUGGUGAGGAGGUGCCACGCACGGUCGUCGUGACAACCCGCUCCCAGUAUGGUCUUCCAGAGGACUCGAUUGUCUACUGCAACUUCAACCAGCUCUACAAGAUUGAUCCUCCUACUCUUCAGAUGUGGGCCAACAUCCUGAAGCGUGUGCCCAACAGUGUGCUGUGGCUUCUUCGCUUCCCUGCAGUGGGAGAGCCCAAUAUCGUGCAGUACGCUCAGAACAUGGGUCUGCAGAGCUCCCGCAUCAUCUUCUCUCCCGUGGCACCCAAAGAGGAGCACGUGAGACGGGGCCAGCUGGCUGACGUGUGCUUGGACACUCCUCUCUGCAAUGGUCACACCACAGGCAUGGAUGUGCUCUGGGCUGGAACACCUAUGGUCACCAUGCCAGGUGAGAAUAAUAAAUGUGAGACCCUUGCCUCUCGUGUGGCUGCCUCACAACUCAACUGUCUUGGCUGCCCUGAGCUAAUAGCCCACAGUCGCCAAGACUACGAGGACAUCGCAGUCAAACUCGGCUCCGACAUGGAAUACCUGAAGAUGAUUAGAGCACGUGUUUGGAAGCAGCGGAUCUGCAGCCCUCUUUUCAACACCAAGCAGUACACAACAGACCUUGAGAGGCUCUAUCUGCAGAUGUGGGAGCACCAUAGCAACGGCAACAAGCCAGAGCACAUGGUCAAAUUCCAAACAGUAGAGGCCAGUGAGAAUUCUUGAACAAGAAGCAUGUAAAUUUACUUUUAGCUCAUAUCCCAGCCCUUGCCAGUCCCCUCCGCCCCACUCUAGCUUGAAUGAUCAGUUUGUAGCCCCCACCCCCUGAGUGAUUGUCAACAUAUCCUUCCUGACUUACUAAUGGGACUCUUUUUUUUGUGAAGGAGCCCACAUGUGUAUAUAUAAGUUUGACCCCAUUGCCGUCAUCACACAUCUGCAUUUCCUGAGCCAGAGGGAGCCUGAGACUUUCAGGCUCCUCCCCUGAGACUCUUGUCCUAAAGCGCAGUAUAUUUGGUGAGCAUGAAAGGAUUGUAUAUGCCCCGUUUACCCUUUAGUACCUUGGUCAGUGGAUUUUGUUUUUCCUGUCACUGUGCAAACAGGACUAAUUGCAGCAUGUGGAGAGAAAUGCCCAACCAUCAUUACUUGUCGAACAAUUCUAAAUGGAUAGAGUGUUGUGAGUUUUUAAAUGGACAAUGCCACAUAUUGAAAAUUGUAAGUCCAACUUUUCGUCUCACCUGCUUAAACAUGCAACUGUUAAAGAUGGAUCGCAACUGCUCUUUACUUUUGUCUUUAAGAUGUUAAAUGACUGCAAUUAGUUUAUGUGCAAGAAUAUGUCUGGGUAACUUUAUCCUCUUACCUAAUGCCAACUUUAAUUUUGUUGUCAGUUGAGGGAUCUGUUCACUAGCUGUUGUCCUGUAUGAUGUCACACUGCUUGUAAAAAUGAUUGGACAAAGCGGGGCAGUGGAAUUUCAGGUAACUGGAAUGGGCCUAAAUUCCACUUAACUUGUCAGAGCUGUGCACACAGAUAAUUUUUUUUUUUUUUUUUAAUUUCACAAGGAACAGCUUGGGUAAGUAUUUUCUAAGCAGUUUGUUUUUGUAUUGUCUGUUGACUGUAUGCUGUUGAUGAUGCCGCUCGGCUCUAAAUAUAAUAAAAACAAAGAGUUGGCAAAACA